AUCAUUCGCCUGGAAAUGCCCUAUAAUCCUGUUAGUCGCCAUGGAAGUGAAAAUAGCCCAGUCUCCCUGUUGUGCCCUACACAAUGUCUAAAGUAUCUUCAGCCUGUUUAUUGUUGUGAGCAGUCAUGCACUUCUCAAACUGUCCUGUUUUAGACCUGUUAUUGGAUUAUUACAGCUCUUUGUGCUGGAUUUGUUUAGUAUAGGGGCCUCAGAUCACGUCCCGUAAAAACGUUUGGUUGCCUGAUAUAAUACAGUUAUAAGGAUUUAAUAGGGUUAAAUUAAUAAAUCGUCCUUUUUCAGUCUAGCUUUGUUGUGACCUGUUUGAAGUAUUGCUUGCCCAUAUUGUUCGUUCAAAUUCUGCUAACUCUAAACCAACGAGGAGGAAUGAUUGAUUGAGGAGUUAAGUUAUCUAUCUAACUGGUGUUGAGAAGGAUUAUCUUUAAUAUGGUCCAGUACGAACAAAUACCACUAGAGGAGAAGGAAUCGAAGACGAAGGGAGAUGGGGACUGCAGUGCUGAGGCGACUGCCACCUUAGUGAGGCAUACCAGUCAACUGGCGAAGGAGAACUUGUGUAGAGAGGACAGCGCUAUAGCUGUUACUAGGGACCAUGAAGUGAGUCAGAUAAUUCUUAAACGGAACUUGUCCCUGGCUGGGGGAUCCUCUCUUGUGAUUGGUGCUAUUAUUGGUUCAGGAUUGUUCAUGUUACCAGACUUCAUAUACAUGGAGACUGGAGGGAGCCCCUUAAUGUCACUCACAGUUUGGUUUGUGGGCGGUAUUGUCGCAUUCUUUGGUUCCAUAUGCUAUGCUGAACUAGCAACAUCCAUUAACGUGUCAGGAGGAGAGCAGGCGUACCUCACUAAGAUGUACUGUCCUUUAGUAGGAUUCCUCUUUGUGUGGACCAACACACUGAUCCUGAACCCAGGGGGCCUGGCUGCUAUCUCCCUCUACUGCUCAGAGUACAUCGUCGUUAACAUUCAGAAUGGUUAUUCAAAGAACGGUACGGAACUGAGUAAAGAUUUAGCUAACCAGUCCCCCUACAUAAAGGGAGCGUUUGCAAUCCUGAUAGUGGGUGUUGCGUCUCUAAUCAACGCUCUGAGCGCAGAACUGGGAGAUAAGAUGAACCAACUGUUCGCUGUUGUUAAAGUGGGGGCUAUUGGGGUUAUCUGUAGUAUCGGGGCUUAUUGGCUUGUUAAAGGAGAGUGGUCUCAGUUUGACACACCGUACGUGGCUCCCAACAGUACGUUUAAUGGAGCUAUUAACGGGCUCAUGCUCAGUAUGUGGGCUUAUGGUGGUUGGUCGUUUUUGUCGUGGGUGACAGAAGAGAUAAUAAACCCAGACAGAAACAUCCCACUCUCGCUAUUUAUUGGGAUAACAGUGGUGUGUGCUGUGUAUAUCCUCUUUAACUUCGCUAUCUUCUGUGGUCCUAUCAUUGUACAUGAGAUAGGCGACUCUCCCUUCAUUCUGCUCUAUGCUAAGACUGCUUGGGGAGGUUGGGGAUGGUUCUUCGCUUCGUUCUGUAUCCUGACAGCUACCUACGGAGCAGUGUCCAGCAAUACCAUCAGCACUACCAGGUUCUAUCACGCGUGUGCACGUGACGGUCACCUCCCACGUGCACUAUCCCUCUGUCUCCCUUCUCGGUCUACUCCCAUCGUGGCCAUCAUUUUCAACUUCGUCUGUACUUCAAUCUACAUAAUUGCGGGUAAGCAUGCUUCAGAUGUGGUUGAUACGGUGAUGUACGCUCAGUGGGUCUACUUUGUCUUAGUGUUUGUCGGGUUACUCAUUCUCCGCUACAAGAGACCUAACAUGAGGCGACCAUUCAGGGCUCCACUUAUCAUCCCGAUCAUCCAGACCAUCUUAUCCCUGGUAAUGGUCCUUUCCCCCUUCUUCGAGAAAAGUGUAGAUUCAGACGACUAUUUUCCGAACCUCGCAAUGAAGUAUGGGGCUGUAGUGGGCUCUAUUAUCACCGGGAUUCCUUUUUAUCUCCUUUGUAUUUACAAGCGAACACGCUUGGGGAUAUUCGAUAAGCUUUCUGGUGACCUCGCGAAGGGAUGUAAACAUUUAGGCUUCCAAUGAACAUAGAACGAAUGCAGAUUGACAUUUUACGAAAGUGUAGCAAAGGGGGCCCAAUAAAAUUAAAAGACAAUUUAAAUUAUUGCCCCAUUGCAUUGUGUUUCAUCUUUUAGUUAUGACAGUUUUUAACUUAGAACUUAUUCUCAUGAAGACAAUAGUACAACGAUAGAAUAAAACACAGGCUGUAUCUUGUUGCUGAUUGGUAUCUUGUUGCUGAUUCAUCGUUUUUUGGUGAUCGUAGCUAACUGUGAUAAAUACCAUUACAGGCCAAAAAUGGACCACUGUUUAAAAUUUCAUUGCUUUUAUGUUUUAAAUACCCCUUCCAAAACAAUGAGUAUAAAUAAACCCUGUGCUGCAGUUGCUUUUGUCUAAUAUAUAUCCACGAUUUAAAGAGCUAGAGAACAUUUUCAAAUUGAAGCUGAAUUUGAGUGAUUGCAUUGCAAAGUUUUGAAAUCUAGCAACAAGCAAUGGUUCGUUUUAUGAUUAAUAAAGAAAUUGUGAUUGUGAACUAUAUCGAAUCCUGAAAAUAUGACGAUCUCUUGCGCGUUUAUAAUCGAAAAGUUUGCCU